AUGCAUCUCGGACUUGUCAUUCUAUCCGCCCUGCCUACCACCUGGGCCGCCCACGCCUACGCAGUCCCUCAAAGUUUGUCUCUCAUGGAGGCCAGCGCCGAAGACAAUGGUUGCACACUCCCCGAUACCUAUCAUAUUCGCGGCUUCAAGGCAGAGUCCAAGGACAGCGGCAAGACGCUCAGCGGAUUCGACUACACUUUCUUCGACGAGGACACCAAGUUGACGACUGCUUGCCACAAGAAUGCCUCCUCAAAACCCAUUGUGGGAUGGGGCACGGAUCGUUUUGCGUGUGACAAUAACAAUGUUGAGUUUAUCUGGGACGAUGAAACUCACAAGCUCUGGAUGAUGGAGAAAGUCUGCAGCACGAAGGAUGGAGCUCCCGCAUAUGAGGCCAGCGGUAGCGUUCUGCUCCCACUCAUGUGUGCUAGAACUGGCAGUUGCUCCAGCAACUCGACAGACCAUCGUGCGACUUUCACCAGCCUUCAGCCGCCUAGACAGGCUCCUCCUUCUUAG